ACUAUGGCCGUGCGAUAUGGUCGAGUAUCCUGACAUAAUAGAAUCGAAAAAUAGGCUAUUGAGACAAAAAUAAACUUACUUGUGGUUAAAUUCUGUGAAAUAAUGAAUUUGACGCUAUGUUGCUGUUAAUUCUUUUACUUCUUGCAACAUUCAUGGGCGUAAAGGGAGGAUGCACAUUAACUGAAAACCCAAGGCUAAAUGGCAUUUGUAGCGCUGAUGUGCUCUGCGAUGGAACAACAGAAAAUGCGGAAGAUUUGAAAAACAGUUGGGAUUGCAUCAGAACCGGUGGCCGGUUUUAUAACCAUUAUUCACAAAGUUAUGAUUAUGAAUUGGUCGAUAAUUAUUACUUAUACUUCUAUGUUUCAGAUGUUGAUAUUAACAUUUCAGAGGAUCCCUUAUCUGGGAUUGACGUAGGUACUAAAAUAACGACUUUAAAUAUCAACAAUGGCAACUUAGUUUCAGUACCAAUUAUUACAAGCAGCUUACCGACAUUAACUGAACUUUCAGUCACAUACAACAAAGUUGAAACUGUAAAUCUAAGAAAGUUAUCAGGUGUUUCAAUGGUUGCGCUAAACGUAUCUCACAAUUGUAUAUCAAGUAUUGAGUUUGACGAAAUUGAGAAUACUGUAUCUAGUAAGAUUACUUCCAUUGAUCUGAGCUAUAAUUACCUUGAAUCAUUACCAGAUAACUGCUUUGAGAUGUUUUUAUAUCUUAAAUAUUUGGAUCUUUCAUAUAAUAAAUUGAAACAAUUCGAUGUACUGACAUUUGAAGGAAUGACGAAGUUGGAGACACUAAAACUUUCUAACAAUGAAAUAUCAGAUAUAGAUCAAAACUUGGCGAGAUUUAGGAAUUUAAAACAUUUGACUUUAGAUAAUAAUCAAUUAACAUCACUCACUAAUUUGAACUUUAAGACGCUUACCAGUUUAGAAAAUCUCAAUAUAAGUUCAAACAUGAUAAAACAUAUCGACGAUCAAUCCUUUGCUACACUCCGAAAUAUUGCACAAUUAGAUUUAAGUCAUAAUAAAAUAAUCAAUAUCCAUCAAUCCCUAUUUAAAAAUAACAUAAAAAUGAACAAUUUGUCGCUUUCUCAGAAUUACAUAGAGACUAUAGAAGGAGGGGCAUUUAGAAAUACGAAUAUAUCUCACUUUGAUAUACAAAAUAACUAUAUGAGCGGAUCAAUAGAGUAUGAUACAUUCCUAGGCAUUUCCGUUGAAAGUUUGGAUUUGAGUAAAGGAUAUUUAAAAGAACUGGGUGAUAAAGCUUUUAGCGCCUUGAGUAAAGAUUUAAGAUAUUUGAAUUUGAGCUCUAACUUAAUAGAAAAUGUAACAGAAUCUGCUUUUCAGGCAUUAGAAAUACUUUCUACAUUGGAUUUGUCUUGUAAUCAUCUAAUUGAUAUUAAUUUGAAUACAAGCGACCUUCAUCAGUUAUCAGAAUAUUAUCUACAAAACAACUUCAUAAAGAAAAUUACUCCAAACAUGUUCAAAAACAUGACAAGAUUAACCACGUUGGAUUUGUCUCAAAAUAAAAUUGAUAAUAUUGAAUUAAAUUCAUUCAUUGAACUUGUAAGCUUGCUGGACCUCAAUAUAAGUAGAAACAACUUUGUAGAUUCUUUAAAACGAAAUACAUUUCGUGGUCUAUAUAAAGUAAGGACUUUAGAUUUAUCCCAUACAAAAUCAGUAUCUUGUCUCAAUGAAUCAUUUUCUGGUCUGAUUCUUCUUACUUUUCUUAAUCUAUCCCAUAGUCAACUACAAACGAUUGAGUAUAAUACCUUUAAAGGAAGUGGGGCUAUAAAAAUUCUUGAUUUAUCACAUAAUCUGUUAUACAAUUUUCAUAUUAAUACUUCAAGUAUUUCACAGUUAUCAAAAUUAUAUCUAAAUCAAAACAAAUUAAAAAAUAUAACCAGUGAAACUUUUAAGAAUUUUCACCUUCUAGAACACUUAAAUUUAGCUUUUAAUAAUAUUAUAAAUAUUGAUUCUGGUGGCUUUAGAAUGUUGUCUCAUUUACAUUAUUUGGACUUGCUUUCUAAUAAUAAUUUGCAUAUUAAGAGUGAUGUUUUUAAUAAUUUAAUUUUAUCACAACUUUCGGUUAGUAAUAUACAACGACAAUUUGACUUUGAAAAUGUCCUAAAUACUUCAGUAGCGACAUUAAUAUUAUCGAAUUGUGAAAUUGAAGAUAUAAAUUCCGUUUUCGUUUAUAAAAUAAAUAAUGUUCUUAAAUUAGACGUUAGUUCAAAUAAAAUCAAAAUAUUAGACAAAAGUUCAUUCCAAAAUAUGGCGGCCCUUAAUUGGCUUGAUUUAAGCAAUAAUAUGAUUUCCACUAUCCAGCCAGGCACAUUUUUAUCCAAUAAUAUGAUUAACACUAUGAAUCUUUAUGGUAACAAUUUGCAAUCCCUUAAAUUUGGGGUACUUGAUGGGCUUAGGAAUCUUCGUGUUUUAAAUUUAUCAAAUAAUGAAAUACAUACAUUUGGUGUCAAUCUUUUACAUACUUCUCCAUUUUUGACAGAGCUAUUUCUUGAAAACAAUAAAUUAGAAAGUAUAGACCUUGGUGCAUUCAGUAAAACAGGUGUUCAAUUGCUAACUAUUGGAGGUAAUAGUAUCUCAUGCGAUGCUUUGGCAGAUUGGGCAAAAAUAAGUAAUGAUGAAUUUAAUGUGACUGCGGAGAGUUUCAAUUUUGAUUUUGAAAAUAUAAAUGGUAUAGGUUGCAAAACAAGUUACUCACAAAAGAAAACUCAUGAUGAAAAUAACAACUUAAAUAUUACUAGCAAUGUCAGUGAAAUGAAAGAAACAGUUGGGCGACUCUACAGUUACUUCAGUAAAGAUGUGAAUGCGAUAUUUUCAAAAAUAAUUGCUCUCUUGGAAAAAAAAACGGAAGAUGUUGACCAGGUUCCUCCAAACUUUGACCAUUCCCAAAUGGUUUUAAGUACACAUUUGGAAAAAAUACUAAAUGAGAAUAAAGAUCUAUUACCGCAGUUAGUAAGAACAAACGAUAAUGUAGCAAAUUACAUUAAACGAAUGAUAUCAUUAUUAGAAAUAAACAAUAAUUUAACCAUAUUAGGCAACAACCAGAAAGAAAUGUUACAGACACCAGUUUCUAGCAAAACUAUUGAGAAACAUAACAAAAAUAACUCGGUGGAUAUUGGCGGUGAACCCUUGGAAGUUAAAUUUGAUAGAAAUACAUUGAUAGACAUAAAAACGUUGUUAUAUAUUAUAGCUGUAUGUUUAGCGAUUACGGUUUUAUUUUGUAUAAUUGCAAUUAGUUAUAAAUAUUUGUACAGAGGAGCGACACACAGGAUACGUUCAAACUAUUUGUAUGAUAGCGGGCAAUCAGUAAGAAAUGGAUUGGAAAUGGAGUAAUUGUUUUAUUUUUAUAUCAGGGAUGAGUACCAAAAGUUUUUCAACUUUAUUAAAAUGAAUGUACCUACUAUGUUGCAAACU